GGGUGGAAAUAGGAAUGGGCUUACAAAGCCCAUGUUUGGUUGGUGGGCUUUGUUUAUUUGUCUUGGAAAAGAUAAUUUCUAGGUAUCUUUUAUCUACACAAAUGAGGAAUUGAAUACCCAUCUCGAUGGGUUUUCUUUUCUUCUUCCCCUUCCUACCAUGAAUUUCCUUCCUUCCAGUUGUGAAAAUCCAUCUCUAUGCUUUGAGUGUCGUCCAUCUCUAUGCUUCAGUGUUGCUGUCUCUCUUCCUCUCUUCUCGGCGACGCGAUUUUCUGCACCCCUAUUGAGUCAUCCAAAUGCAAAUGGACUGAGAAACAAGUCUUUUCCAUUCUAUGAACAGUUAGCCAUUAUUUUUAGAAAAGAUAGAGCCAAUGGACUUGGUGCAGAAGGUCCAGCUGACAUGUUUGACGCAAUAGAGCGAGAAAUGGACAACAAUGAUUUUUGGAGAGAUGAAUGUGGCUUUUAUGUGCCUGAUCCACCGAUAGUUGGAGGGGAAGAAGUGGAUGGACCUACCUCAAUGAGUGAAGCGACAACAAAUAUACAAUCUAGUGCACAUACAUAAAAUAGGCCUAGUAAGAAAAGAGCAAGAAGUAUGGACCCAUUGGUGACGACAGUGAAUGGUCUUGAGAAUGUUAUGAGCAGUCAUCUUUCAAAUGCUAAUGAUAACAUUCAAGAAAUUGCUAUGUUUUACCGACAGGUAGCUGAACGAGAGUCUACAAGAGAAGCACGUCGAAACUCAUUAGUUAGUGAAAUUAGAAAGGUAGAUGAUUAAGUGUUCGACAAAGGGUGAGCGUGGGUAAGAUUAUCACUAAAGAUCUCAGAUUGAUUAUUUCUUUAAUCUUCCAUAUGAUGAAAGAUAUGAAUUCAUAAUGGAAGUUUUGCAAGAAGACGUUCAUUCUUAAACUAAGGGAAUAUCAUAGUAUCUUCUAUUUAAUAGGAGACUUUAUAACGUGUUAUACAUGGGCAAUUAUGUAUAUAUAUAUAUCUUG